CCAAUCGGGAAACUUCGAGCCAUUUACUCAUAGGAAGGUAUCCAGAAACGACAGCAGCGCUUGAGCCAUGUGUGGUGAGUGUUACUUUUAUCCAUUUUGUUUAUUUCUUUAUUCCUGCUAACUUGUCACUUGGAUAUACGCGUUUUACGCACGCCGGUGCUUUGACUGCGAUGUCAUGCGUUUUACCUUAACAACUACAGCUCGAAAUUGUCUGGUGUCAUAUUAAUGGAAAAGUUUCAGAGUUGCUUCAGUCUUUUUAAGAGUCCAAUGUCGAGGAAAGCUCUAAUUCUGCUCCAUCACAGCUGGAUAAACUUUACUUAUUUCUGAUCUGCUCGACACUCGGACAGCUCUAAACCUAACUGCUACGUGUCAGUGUUUUCACUCCCUGCAAUUCACAACAGGACAGGCAAGCCAUACCAGUUACUGUCAGAAAAAAUGUGAAAAUGCGUACUUGAUUGCGGUGCGCCAAAGGAAUCACCCACCCCCCACAGCUUCCUUAAGCUUGACUAUGAGAGGCGAAUCCCCACUUUUGACAGCCCCUCAGGUCCCAGUGUCCCACCAGGACGGGACGUUUACAGCUCACAGUAAAUCUUUAACAGUGUUUCGGCCUCUCCUCGUGUCUACAAGGAAGAGGCCAAGGCUACAGUACCGUACAGCAGCCUGCCUGUGUACCUGGCUGCACCAACACUGCGCGCAAUGUGCGUCCGUCAAUGGCCAGCUGUGUGCCUGCGGGAGAGGGCUGCCCGGAACAUUCCUACACACACACACAUACACACGCACACGCACGCACACACAAAAAGACACAGGCUACUUAUCCAUUUAGCCUCACACUAGCUAUAAACUGUUAUUUUGAACAAAUAUGAAGAUUCAUCAGUUUGACUGAAUCUAUGGAGGAGCAUGUUACCGGUUUCUCAUUUAGGCUGUUUUGAGAGCUUGUAUUUCCUUGGUAUACUCAUUGUGGGUCAAACUGAAAGUUCAUAAGAAAUAACACAACUGAGAACCAUGCAGAAGUUGUUCAGCUGACUUUUAUUUCUUUAUGAAUUCUGAAAAGCAUUUAUUUGAAGUUUUUCCUACAUCCUCAUUCUCUGACAAGUCAUCUUCAGAGAAAAUGAUGGUCGAAGUGAAAAGAUGACAGCUGUGUUCUGCAGUUUUGUAAAUUCUGUCCAAGAGGUUGAGUUUCUCUCUUUCUCUCUCUUUGGCUCUAAAAGGGAUAUUUGCCUACCUAAAUUACUGCGUGCCCCGCACCAGAAAGGAGAUAUUUGAGACGCUGGUGAAGGGACUGCAAAGACUGGAGUACAGAGGGUACGAUUCAGCAGGUAAGACACUCAGCUACACUAACACCCCCCCCCACACACACACACACACACACACACCACAAAAGCGUAUAGUUCCUUUUUGCAGCACCUGCGUGUCAUGCCCUUCAAAAAUAGGAUGAAGACAGUGUUUGACUAGCUCUACUUUUAGUCCUAACCUGUGACUCAAUCGCUGCUAUAGCCGUCAUAGAUCUGUACUGGACAUUGGCACACCCUGCACUCCUGAGUCUUAACCUUUAUUUUAUCAUUAUCAUCUUGAAUAAAAUGAAGUUUAACAGGUGUGUCAGCUCACGCCUGUAACUGCUGAGCAGUUAGUUUGUCAUAAAACCAGAGGAGUAUUAUUGAAACUACAAUGCAGCAACAAAUUAGCUACGACUGCACCUUAAGGAGCUCAGGUGACGUUGCACUCUGCCACCUUGACAUUUACCUGAAAUAGUUAUCUUGUGAAGCAGACAGCGUAUCAGAAAGACAUCCAACUUAAGUUUAAACAGUGUUUUGGAACAUUAAUACAACAACAAAUGAGUAAAUACAUGACAAAAACAAUAAAUGUAGUAGGAAAUGUAAAAAAUAAUACAAAAAGUAAAUAAACUAAAUGAAAAAGUCUCACCCCGACCACACCUGGACUUUUAAUAAUGCUAAUACACACCCUGUCAUACACACACACUCCAUGUUUGUUCAUCCUGUUUGAGUAAGAUGGAACCACAUAACUAUGAGGUUCUUUCUUGGCUGUGUCUCACACACAAACACACACAUGCAACAUCAAUUACUUUGAUAAAUUUGUCAUCUCACUACCAGUGCAGGUAAGAGUUUUAUUUUGUAUUUAUAUUCUACUUCCCUCUUGUCUGCCUUCAGGUAUUGCAGUGGACGGCCCUAAAAAGGCGACCACUGACAUCAAUGGAAACACAAUCUGCUUAAUAAAGAAGAAGGGGAAGGUCAAGGCCCUUGAUGAGGAACUAUACAGUGAGUCCUUGUAGAGCUGACACAUCACAAAUACAGUCCUUGUCCACUUGUCUAUCACUCACUAUUUCAAUGUUGAUAUGAUGUGAUUGGUUGGAGAAAUCAUAAACCUGCUUUUCUCUGUUCAAUUAAUUUUGUUCAGAUUUUCUAAUCAUAUAAAGCAGUUUUCAGAAAGUCCCUGAAGUCUGUUUCUGUCUGUAAAGGAGUUGAUUUCUUGACUUAUCUUGCGCAGAGAAAGACUCACUGAACCUGGACGAAGAACUGGGCACACACUUUGGCCUCGCUCACACACGCUGGGCCACACACGGAGAGCCGAGCGCUCUGAACAGCCAUCCUCAUCGCUCUGACAAGGACAACGGUGAGACCAGUGUUCUCUUACAUCUAUAAUGCACUUAUCCUUUACCAUUGUGAAUAUAAGCAAAACUGCAGGGAGAUCAGUGCAAAUGUCCAUUAAUGGUAUCCAGUUACAAGAAAAUUAAAAAUAUGAAAUUAGAUGUGAUAUUUUGGACCUUGUGACUCCAAUGUUCUGUAUCAGUACAUGUAAUCUUUUAAUUGUAGCUGUUGAAUCUGUUUGUACUUUAAAAUAAAUGGUAACCAUGUUAUUUUCAUCCCUUGAACACACCCUGAAACAGCUUCUAUUCUCAUCAUGCAAACACCAAUGCCUGCUUCUAGUGUACCAUGCUCAUAGGUGUGUCUAUAACGUACCUUUGCUUUGGCUCACAGUACGAUGUUUGCUCAUACAGGUCCAAAGUAUGAGAGUUGUGCUAUCAAGUAACUUAUAUCUAUAAUAUGUUACUAUUGAUUAGUAUACUAGAAAUAUUAAGUGUAGACCUUGAGUUACUUUGUUAUCAAGUGUGAUAAGAUAUCACCUUUGCAUAAUAUAUUUGAACACUUCUAUUAUCACGCUCUGAGUGCUAUUUCUGCAUCUGUGUGUAAAUCCGCUGCUUUGUCUGCAUGCAUCAACUACUAUUGUUAACUUCACACAUUCUUGGAAUAACAACAACCUGCUGCACCGCACGUUUCACUGGUUUGGCCACAUACAAUAAUAUCUGUGGGAUCUAUACCUGUGGCUGUUCUAUUUUCAGAGAGAUGAAGCCUUUUGGGUAGAAAACAUACGUCACUAAGACUGGUUUUUGACCUUUGACCCCUUUGUCUAAUCUGUUCACUCUCGCUGCCUCUCCCCAGAGUUUGUCGUCAUCCACAAUGGCAUCAUCACCAAUUACAAAGAGCUGAAGAAGUACCUCGUAAGUCGCCUUAUCACCAGGAAUUUCUUUUGAGCAAACAAACGAGCUAAAAUCUCACUCAGUGCCAUUCUCAGACCCACCCUGCAGGUAGAGCUUGUACUAACGUGACAGUCUCAUCCGGUUCCUUCACAGGCGUGUCUUUCUCUUGUAAAUUUGUCCUGGACAAGACCUAACACUGAUCAGAUCACAAGACUUCUUUAUCUAUGUGGUACAGUUUGGUUUACAAAUUUAAAAAAAAAUACUAGUGGUGUCAUUUGCUCUGAAUAUUUAGCUUGGUUUGCAGUUUGAGUCAGUCUGUCCAGUGCAAAGGUGCUGCAAACCAAGGGUGCACAGCAUUACACCAUCAUGGUAUUGUAAACAUAAAAGCGCUUUGAGAUGGAUUCGGUCAAAUCUGACUGUUUAUGAGGCUGAUUUUUAAAUCUUUCCAGCUUACACCGCUGGAGUUUUCUUUUUCUGUCUUAAGUCGGGCGGCAGUAGCUCAGGAGGUAGAGCGGUCAUCCAAUAACUGGAAGGUUGACGGUUCGAUUCCCCCUAUCCGAAGUCUGUCCGUUGUGUCCUUGGGCAAGACACUUAACCCACCUUGCUCCCAGUGUGUGUCCUCCACUGGUGUAUGAUUGUGAGUGUUGUGUGGUGGUGGUCGGAGAGGCCGUAGGCGCAAAAUGGCAGCCACGUCUCCGUCAGUCUGCCCCAGGGCAGCUGUGACUACUAAGGUAGUUUACCACCACCAAAGUGUGACUGUGUGAGCGAAUGAAUGAUGUAUCCAAUGUAAAGCGCUUUGAGGGUCUCUGAUCAAGCGCUAUAUGAAAUCUGAUGCAUUUUUUUUUUCAAGUCAAAAUUAAGAGAAGUUAGUAGUAAAAGGUCUGAUACUUUUAUAUUUCUUAGCAAAAGUACGAGAGAAAAGAUGUGAUUUCUUCCACUACAGUCUAAAGCAGCCCUCUAAAAGACAUAAACUCUGUUUCCUCAGAUGGCAGGCAGAAUAACCUAUUGCCUUGUCUUAUUUUUCCAUCAUUUAGAUCAGUUUUGAAUUGGUUUUAACACUGAGUUCACCUUUGAGACAAAUAAAUCUGAAUCUUAAGUAAAACACAGAUACUUACUAACCAAGUACAGUAAAGACGCAUGUGUUCAAUUCUUGCUGAAAUAGGUAGACUUCUUAUUAAGAUAACACAACCUUGACUAUACUAACAAUAAAGGCAGACAUCUGUUCAGCCCAACCACAUAUCAAGGAGCUUACCUAUUGCGUUCCUGUUUAUUCUGUAAAGGAAGUACUCUUGAUUAGAGUGAUUAUACAGUUCAGGAUCAAAGUCUGAGUGAUUGCUCGACAAAAAAAAUAGUUGCAGUUUGGAGGUCUUUUUUGCUUUCUUGCUUGUUGAGAGCUAUGAAUUUCAACUUUAAUACUAGAAAUUUUAUAGCAUGAAAUGUUGACACUUGAUGGUGAUGUGAAUAUUAAUACUGUAGUUGUAGUACGUGUAUAGUUAACAUCUCCAGGCUUAAGUUACUGAUUUCCAGCUGAAGGCCUACCCUCAUAAAUGUUAAUGUAACUUGUGUCUUCUUCAGAUCACCAAAGGAUAUGAAUUUGAGUCAGAGACGGACACAGAAGUGAUCCCCAAACUGAUCAAAUAUGUUUACGACAACCGAGAGAGCGACAACGUUGCUUUCGCUAAGCUGGUGGAGAGGGUCAUCCAGCAGCUGGUGAGUCCCCCUACACUGUAAACUACACUGACUUUACUGUGGCACCUUCCCACUGUAUAGCAGCAAAAGUGCUAGCAUGCUAAUUUUUAAUUUGUCCUGUUAUUAAGGGUGUGCUUGUGUUUCUUUCCUAUGCGAGCCAGACACAGCACAUAUGCUCUAGAUUAUGGGAUGGAAAUUUUGAUUAGCAGCUUCCUGGUUAGUAUGAAGGGUGGCAUGGUGCAGUGUAGUGUCAUAAAAUGUGUCAUUGACCGGUCACCCACACACACAUAAACUCAUUUAUUCACUCUGCAGUGUGUAAAAGCUUCUUGGAUUUCCCGUUCCUAAAACUGUGCACCAUCACAAAAACAGUCUCCUUAGUAACCGCCCUAGCAGCAUCACCAAUGACAUCAUCACCGGUAGAAACAGUCAUUUUAGGUCAGAUUGAGCAAGCGUCUCUGUUCCAUUGUAUCACAGUAUUGUAUGUUUCACUGGAGCAGGUCGUCUCUCCUCAGAAGAACAGAUGAGGCCAAUGCAGCCAUUUUGGAUUUGAAGUAAUGGGAACCAGAUAUCUAGACCCACAAACAGCCUCACCACCAUGACAGCCCCCCCACCCCCACCCAUGUUUCCCUUCUCCGUGCUUAUUCCCCUACUUUCGACACCACACACACACACAAACACACACAGCCACAGCCAGCUCUGCUUCUAAACACCACAGGCAGCAUUACAGCCUUUGCUUUCGAAACACAGCUGAUGAAGUACAAUAGAGGUCUUAUUUUUCUCAACCCCCCGCCCUCCACCAAACCACCAAACUACCUCCAUCUACAGCAAUGCUUCCCAAUGCUCUCCCACACCCCCACUACAGCUAGAUAGCUUUCCAGGAAUACACGUCUAUCCUUGCCUCAACAUUUAAACUUAACUCUCAGAAUUGUUCCUCCUCCUCUUCUCCGUGGUCUCCUCUAACAGUGCGGUGCUUCAGUCUUUCGUCAAGUUAAAGUAAACUCAAUGUUUCCUCUGCUCUUUUCUGUCUCAGGAGGGGGCCUUCGCUCUGGUGUUUAAAAGUCGUCAUUUCCCUGGAGAGGCCGUGGCCACCAGGUUAGUAUACAUACACACACAUACACACAUCUACACACUCUUGUUAUGACAUUUCACUUCACAUUUUGGUCCAGUAUAUGACCAGCGAGUCAGACGCACUGGAGAUGAGUCAUCCCUGUUGUUACUACUGUGAAGCAAUCACUGUCGUAAUUUCAGGAGACUCCUUAGAUUUAGUCAUUGUGGCUUAUCUUAGCUUACAUCCAUUUCUUGUGACAUGAUGGGACAUGGAUAAACUGUGUUGUGUGUGUCUGUCCACUCUGCAACCUAAGACCUAGGCAGAGGAGGGGAGUAAAGCAGAGGUUGAGUCCAGGUUCCUCCUCUCCCUCCCGGGCCUCUGGCCUCUGGGCCACUGGCCGUGCGCCGGCUAUUUCUGUGACUCAUUAGCAAAGAGACUAGUGAGUUUCCUGUUUCAUCUCACUGCUGCCAGAAACACUCCUGGUUAAUCACUUCUCAUCACUUGAUUUUUACUUUGUACCUUCCCUGCUUCAGUGAGCCUGGAGGUGGAAGAAGUGGAGGGUGGUCAAUGAAAUGAAGGGAGAGAAGUGGGCCAUUACUUAUGGUUUAUGCAAACUGAUGAGCUGCCGGUAUCAGUGUUGGCCUUUGACAGCACCCGUAAUAAAGUCAGGAGACUUUUGCAUCUCGUUUGUUUUCUGUGAGCUGUAGUGUAUAAAUACAAAAGUCAUGAAAUUGCACAGCUUUGGCUAUUUUGUUGUGUGGUUAAUGUUGAACAGACAGCAUUGUCUCUGUAGAUGGAGGAAUGUUUGUUAUUAUACUCUGACGCUAGUCACCACCCGCCCUUUUGUCGUCUUGAAUCAACCUCCCUGCAGGACUUUUACUCUCCUCUCAGCUCCUCUUUCUUCAGCUCUCUCUCACUCUAUUGUACCUCCAUUCUCUUUCUCUCCACCACCCUGUCUUUCACCUACUUACUCCUUACUUUUCUUACUUUUCCCCCUCUCCCUCCCUCAGGGUAAAUACUGUAUUGGAUAGCGACCACAUGUUUCUGUUUGCAAGCCUCCUUUUUUCAAGCCCCACACCCCUUAAAACAACCAGUGUUCUUGCGUCACUAUAGACGAGCUCCAGAGAAAUUUCAAGUAGAGAGAAAAGAAUGAUCCAGAAUUAUGAAGAAUUAAGGAGAGGCCGUUUGGACAUGAUUACUCAAGAGCGGUUUUAUAAUUACGCUGUGAAGUGGUUUUGUGUCGAUGGACUGUUUGCGCAAAACAGGUCACAAAUGACUAUGUAGAGGUGUCGCCUAUCUUAAGGUUUGUCUCCUCGUAUGAUCCUCCCUCACCUGUCAAAUGUACACGUGGGUGCACCUUCUCGGCUUGCACAGCCAGUAAGAGAGGCCCAGAUGGUGUGCAGCCAAUGAGAAGGCUGUGAAUCUGUGCGGGAACUGUUAAUAAAUCCUGGAGGGAUAUGAGGAUCAGUCUUCUUCAAUAAAUUUAAAGAUUAAACAUUUAGAAGAGAUUUGGGGCAAGUGGGAGGAUGUCUGAGCUCCUGGAUUGCGUAAAAGUGAUUCAAAAUUUAACUACACUUGAUUUUUUGCAGGUGAGAAGAUCAUGAUUAGAGGAAAAAGAGAGGAAAUCACUUGUAGUGCCAUAGAACUUUUGAAUGAAAUAAUACAGAAAGAUAGGAUGACAAGCUGAUUCAACUACAAAGCACCACGUGAGAGCAUGUGUGUCUGACCUUGUUGUGUGUCUACAAAGCCUAAUCCUCUCCUGUCUCCCACCUCUCCAUCUCUUCCUCCUCGUCUGCUUCAUUCUUUUCUCGGCAGGAGAGGAAGUCCGCUGCUCAUUGGUGUGCGAAGUGAGCAGGAGCUGCUGACCGAAAACAUCCCUGUGCAGUACAACAGUGGUGAGCUCUGUUCCUCUCUCUGUCUGCCAUUAUCCAUUUACACUGCAGCCAAGCGCUCUGCCUGCGUGCAUGCUCAUACACAGACACACUGCAGAUACACACAGUCCCAGGAGCAUGCAUAAAGCUUAAAGAAAUGAAUGAAAUUGAGUGUAUUAUUCAUUCGCAUUUUAAUUUUUUAAGACUAUUAGAGUGUAUGAUACAAUUUUGUGUCUGCUGGUUAUCACCUGACUCUAAGUUUCUUAGAUCAGACCAAUAACACUGACAAGAUGUAGUAGAAUACUACACUAGCUUUGUAUCAUAACCGUAUCAUUCUGAGUAAAAUAAUAUCAGUUUAAAACAAAUGUGAAUUAUCUUUCUUCUUAUUUUGUGUGCAACACUUGUACCACCUUCAAACACAUUUUUAAAAGGAUAAAACAGAGGAAGACCAAAGUCAAUCGGUCCCUGAACACUUUUCUGGCUCCCCAAGCUUCUUGAUGCCAAUUCUUCCCACUUCCAAGAUGUAAAUCUUGCAAAUGGGUUGUGUAUAUGUACUUUCAAUAAAAAGAAAGACCAAAAUAAAUCCUGAGACAGCACGGCACUGUGGUUUUGAGUAAACUCAAACAGAAGUAAAUAUUUGUUGGGGUCUAUUUUGAGCCCUUGAUAUGGUGUGUUGGACAGUAUUUGCAGCAGCAGAUUGGUGACUGCAGGAUUCGCUCAGAUUAAACUAUACAGAGCUUGUGAAGAGUGUCACACAGUACACUCACUGAUGUGUUUGUUUUGUUUUCUUAUUCAAACAGUGAAGCUUGAAAGAGGCUUAGAGGUGUAAGGCCAUGGCAACACAAGUGUCAUCUUUAAGGAAUAAAGCCAUUGUUGAUUUUGGUCUUUUCAAAGACUUAAAGAAAAUCUUUAAACCCAGUUGCCACAUUAUCCUUUAUUGAUCCCUGAAGGGAAAUUCAAUAUUUUUCAUGGAUUAUUCAUGGAUUAAUACCAGAUGUAUUGAAGGUAAACUGUGUGUGAUUUAGCAGGUCAUGCUGUUUGUAAAAUCUGAAGAAAUUGUGCCUCCGUAGAAAAUACUUUUUUCUGCACUUUUUCCUCGUUUUACAGAGAAACACUUCAACUAUUGACUUGUGUCAGAGUUAUGGUAACUAAUCCACACAGACUCAUUCAGAGUGAGGCUCUUGGCUAACUGUUGAGGUAAUUCAAGAUGUUUUGGGGAUCUGUAAUUUCUUAUGCAAUACUUCUGUUAAAAAUCCUUCUUGGAAAGCCACUUUUCUUGCCAGCUUUUUUCUCUGUGUUGUUGAAGAGAGAGCCAGUCCUUUGGAAAUUUUCUCCAACAAAGGAUGUGGUUGUGAAAAGUUGAGGUUCCUGUGAAUACAGAUAGAGAGAGUCUUACUUGGAAUCUCAAAGAUUCAUUUGUUAAACUGAGGUGUCAGUGUUAUCGAAUGUUAAGCACAACUUCAGUGCUUUGUUGUUGCCUCUUUGUCUGGACUGUAAAGGGGACUGUGUCUGCCCAGCCUUAUCUGUUUACUUUAAAUUUAUGGUUCUCAUAAUGGCUCUUAAGAAAAAAAAAGUCCAAGGUCCAAGGCAGAGCUGGGUGGUUUGAGGCCAGGAAACCAAGUAGGGUGUGUUGAUUUGAAGUAUAAAAGUUUUUUUGUUUUUUUCCAGAUACUCUGUGGCCCUCAAAAAUACUUUCUUUCCUUUAUUUACAACAUUAAAAAACAGCUCUGGUUGCAUUUUCUUUGGUCAGUCAAAAGAAAAUCCUCAUUAGCAGCCAUUAGUUCAUGUGCACAAUCACUUCUCAAUAUCCUGUUUGGCAUAACAGCUGCUUUCCAAUCUAAUGGCAACAACCAAAAUUAUACAACAUUACUGACAUGACUACAUAUCCAAAGGAUGAGAGGAAGGAUUCAAGUGAUGAGCACAUCUUGAUCAUUUUAGUCACUCAAACUCACUGUGCAACCUCUAACCCAUGACCUUUGACUCCUGCCCUUGUAGUCCAUGAGAAGAACAGCCAUAACCGCUCUGACUGCUCCAACCCCAUCAACUCUGUGGGAGAUGGCAGCGCUGUGGAGUAUUACUUCGCCUCUGACGCCAGGUAAGAUGCCAGACAUCAUGGUGCGUGAAUGAGUCCAUACUUAAUCCCUUGCUUCGUAUGUGGCCCUGCAUCUGUGUGACUUCUAUUUGUCUGUCAACUUCUCAUAUAUCAAAAAAGGUCAUAUUCACUCACUCAUUCCUCUCUGCCCACAGUGCCAUUAUUGAACACACCAAAAAGGUGCUGUACAUGGAGGAUAAUGACAUCGCCGUGGUGACAGGGGGGAAAUUGUCCAUCCACAGGCUAAACCGACAGGCUGGUGAGGAUCCAGUGAGGGCCAUCCAGACGCUGCAGAUGGAGCUACAACAGAUCAUGAAAGGUCAGAUAAAGUCUUCUUGUGCACACAAUAACAACACACUUAAGUAUUUGAGCUAAAACACCACAAUUAUUCUGAAAGCAUUGAGGAUACUGUGAGGAUGCAAUGCAACCAUUACUGUAUGUUAUGGACUUGUAAUUGAGCGCCCUCUGCUGGCUAAAACAAUUAAUCGUGACUAAUUUCCAGCCUGUUUAAACACUUGCCCUACAUCUUUCAUAUCUCUGUUUUUUAUGAACUAACUGUGCUAUAAACACUCAGUCUGUAACUUUAUGUCAACAGCAGACUGAUCAGUGAAUCUGAUAGAAAUCUUUGUUCCCCCUGUACAGGAAAUUUUGAUGCCUUCAUGCAGAAGGAGAUCUUCGAGCAGCCGGAGUCAGUAGUGAACACUAUGAGAGGCCGGAUUUGCUUCGACACCAACACAGGUGACAAGUAAUCUUUUGUCCUACUUGGCCUUGAGGUCAAAGUAAAUAUAGAGCUCAUUAAUACCUUGAAUCAACAGUAGCAGGAUCUAACUCAGAUUACAGGAUCUGUGGUGUUUGUGCAAACAUAGCUUUGAAAGGCCAAAAGUAAUAAUAUAUUAAAACUUGGCAUGUUAAAGACAGUUUAAACACGGAGUUCUGAUCAAACUAAUGUGACUGUUUUCUGUUUCCUUUAGUGGUUCUCGGCGGGCUGAAGGACCACCUGAAAGAAAUCAAGCGCUGCAGACGACUCAUCAUGAUCGGCUGUGGCACCAGCUUCCACGCUGCAGUGGCUGUAAGUUCAGCUAUCAUACUGAUGAUGGUGCAGUCACUUUUUCUGUCCAAGAAUUAAGGGGAUGAUGAUAUACUUCUUUUUAAUCCUUAUUUGCAGACCAGACAGAUCCUGGAGGAGCUGACUGAGGUUCCUGUUAUGGUGGAGCUGGCGAGUGACUUCCUUGAUCGCAACACACCUGUUUUCAGAGACGAUGUGUGCUUCUUUAUCAGCCAGUCAGGUGAAAACUUAAAAACCUUGUUGUUACAGUUUGUAUGCACUGAUAACUUGUCCUCUAAGGUUACUGAUUUGAGUAGUUGAAACAGUUUCAUUCUUACCUUGCCUCACAGUCUCAGAUCCUCUGUGAAACUUGCUGACAGUUUCAUUAAUCUUCGAUGUCUCUGUUUUUCCUUAUUUUCUAUCCUCAGGAGAGACAGCAGACACCUUGAUGGCGUUACGCUACUGCAAGGCACAUGGUGCUCUGACAGUUGGGAUAACAAACACUGUGGGUAGCUCCAUUUGUAGAGAGACAGACUGUGGAGUUCACAUCAAUGCUGGGCCUGAGAUAGGAGUGGCUAGUACCAAGGUAAAGUGUCCCGUUCAUUUGUAGCAUACUGUUACUCUGACUGUUAUACUGACACCGUUGAGGUUUAUCUGAUGUGUGGGCAACACCUUACAGUCACUUUCGUUAACAUUAACCCAUUGAAAGACUGCAUUAUGCCCUUAUUACCUCAGUUUCAGACUGAUUCACAACAGUGUCUUUUGUAUUUAUGAUGCAGGCCUACACCAGUCAGUUUGUGGCCCUCAUCAUGUUUGCCCUGAUGAUGAGUGAGGACAGACUCUCCCUACAGCCAAGGCGACAGGAGAUCAUCAACGGUCUUAAGAUGCUACCAGGUCAGUCCAAAAACAUUCUUUGAAAUCUGGACAUAGAGUACUUUUGGUCUCAGAAGGGGUGCAGAGAAUGUUUCAUAUCCGACAUACAGACGUUGAGCUGAGUUUUAUGAUGAUUUAAAAAUCAGAAUUACAAUAUACUUUUAAAUGAAGUAUGCAUUCAUUAUACCUUCCUCCUCUCUACCAGAGCUGAUAAAGAAGGUGCUGGAACUGAAUGAAAAGAUAAAAGCUAUUGCAAAUGAAUUGUACCAGCAAAGGUCUCUCUUGGUCAUGGGCCGAGGUUUCAACUAUGCCACCUGCCUAGAGGGCGCACUGGUGAGUAAUCUGUCAAAAAACACCCCCCCUAUAAUAACGUAAGAUAUUUGAGAAAAGUAUAUUUGUUGAAAGGAAAUGUAUGAAAUCUUUCCACUUAAUAUAAUUUUUUGUUUGUUUGUUUGUUUGUUUUACUCAACUGCAGAAAAUCAAGGAGAUCACUUACAUGCACUCUGAAGGCAUCCUGGCAGGGGAGCUGAAGCACGGUCCUCUGGCUCUUAUUGACAAAGACAUGCCAGUCAUAAUGGUCAUCAUGAAAGAUGCCUGCUACACAAAGUGCCAGAAUGCUCUGCAGCAAGUCACUGCUAGAUCGGUAGGUCCUGGAAAAACAAAUAACUGAUCAAUUACAGAGCUCAAAUAUAUGCAGCAUGCUGAAGAGCACAGUGGUACAAGUGUUACAAAUGAACUGAAUGGUAGUUGAUGCAAAUGUCCCUGCUUGUUUAUCUCUCUCUGUUAGGGUCGACCCAUCAUCCUCUGUUGUGAGGACGACCCUGAGAUCACCAAGAAUGCCUACCAGACUAUCGAGCUGCCGCAUGUUGUGGACUGUCUGCAGGGCAUCCUCAGUGUCAUCCCUCUGCAGCUGCUAUCCUUCCACUUGGCCGUCCUCCGAGGAUAUGACGUAAGCAGUUGACACAAUUUUUGACUCAAGCUAUUUGUAUAAAGAAACAAUGUGGCUCCUAACAGUCAUGUCUAAAUACUGCCAUUGAUCAUGCCGUUGCUUAAUAGUACAGUGUAUAGUCAUGGGAAUAUUUAUUGAUAUCUCGCAGUCAAAUUCAUAUUUGAGAUGCUACCUCUUGUCGGUGAAGCGAUUGGCAAGGAGCUCCUGUGAUCCUCCAAUUGUCAAGUUUUUACGAUCACAAACUUCUAUAAGUACAAAUCCUUUUAGUGCACAACAACAAACAUCCUCCCUGUUCUUCAUCUUACUUUCCCAUGGCCACUCACUGAAUACAAAAACACAUAUGGCCUAUAGUUUGUCCAUUCUGGGCUACUGUAGAAACAUGGUGGUGCAAGAUGGUCAACUUUGUGAAAGGGGACUUGCUCCAGUGUAGAUAUUACAAGCUUGUUAUAAUUUGACAGAAACAAAUGGAUUUUAAGGUAAUUAUACACUAAUUUAGACAUGUGGUAUUUCAUUCCAUCUCUACCAAGUCUGUGCCAAAUGCUGCUAAAUACAACACACUGCAUCUUUGAGUUCUAUUUAAAUACAAUAUAACACCCUGAAAAUAUAUUGUCCUUUAUUGUGUAGUUUUGUUGGGUUUGUUAACAUAGUAUCAGUAAUAAAUAUCAAGAUUAUUACAUAUAAAUUUAACAACAUUUAUUUAAUCUAUGCCCCUAUUCAGAAAAAGAAACUUAAGCAUAUGUACAUGUCAUAACACAUUUCCGUGUUAUUUGUUUUUUGAAUGUAAAGCUCUUUGAAUAUUAUUGCAUAUCACUAGUAAUAUCAUACAAACUUGUGUUUUUGCAAUUUCAAAUCAUGAGUUUGAGAUUUUGUAGCUCUUUGUCAACUUGCUGAACAUGACUGUGGAAUGCGCCUUACAAAGCUGAGCUGUCACUCAAAGUGGUAUAGGUAUCUGUAGGCUGGUGUAAAACUUGUGCAUUCACCAUUUGUUAACAAGAUAUCUGUCAGUUAGGACUUACACUAUGUUUUUACAUCCUGUCAUUCACGCAGGUAUGGUAUUGACUUUAUAAGAGCUGUCAGUUUAUGCCAUGUUAAUUAAUCUUCAGCCACUCUUAGCAUCAUUGUGCAGUUAACAUGUGUUUGAAGGACUCUGUGAAAACCUUGAACGCGUCUCAUACAUUUCAUUCACACAUCUCAACAUGGCGUGUUAUUUGCAGUACUGAUAACAGGUCGUUUUCUUUAACAAACUGCUUUCUAUUUUUCCAGGUUGACUUCCCCAGAAACUUGGCCAAGUCUGUGACCGUGGAGUAAUUCUCAAAGCACAACAGAGGAGAGAGGAGGCUCAUAAGAUUUGAAGUGCAAUUGAAUGUUCAAUAUCUUUGUGUGUGCAUGUGUGUAUAUCUGUAUGUUUAUGAAAAGGUUGGGGUAGGGUACUGUUUUUGUGUUUUUGUGUGUCUACCAGUGAGGCUUUUGAGAGAGUGAC